AUGAGCACCUGCAUCCAGAUAACGGAGGGCGUGGUACCGGGUAUUAACCGCCUUGCGCUGAAAGGCCACAUGGAGCAGUUUGGCCAGGUGGAUCUGGUUCACAUGGGCAAUCGGCAAAACCCGGAAGAGGAGCCCCCGAAGGUUCGCUUCUCGACGCCUGAAGCUGCACAGAGGGCGCUGGAAGCCAUAAACGCUGGACAAGUUGUGAUAGAUGGGAUGCUCCUCAAGGCGCAAUACAUGCAGGGGAAGGGCAGGGGUCGUGGUGCACCGCCCACGGCCACAGAGCGGAAUCUGGAAGUCACAAGCCGUGACCUCUUCCUGGAGCGUGAGCGCGCCCGAGCUCAAGCGAGGGGCGGAGGUGGAGGUGGUGGUAAAGAGCGAAGCCGCAGCCGAGAUCGCAGCAGGGACCGCCGUCGAAGGCGGAGAAGCAGCGAUAGCAGCAGGUCAAAGCGGCGCCGACGCAGCACAAGCAAAAGCCGUGGCAGGAGAAGAUGA